AUCCACAGAAGAAGACGAAGAAGAAGCGUCAGCUCCAACUGGCGCACUGUAAUUACAUCAACGUCCAAAUUUGCUCAUCCAUUUUAUUUUCUUCCUCUAUUUAGAACAUUUACUCUACAGAGCAGAGUCAGUGUUAACUAGAGGCUGAUUACGGACGCAGCUAAUGUUCAGCGGAAUACAGCACCCCAGUUAUUGUGGAAAACCCGACAAGACGAGAUGACAGAAGACACCGACGAUUUACAUUGAGAAGGAUUUAACAGCCUGUUCGUGUGCGAAUGAUGCGCCGCCAUUGGUUGCUGGUUGGUGCUUGUGGCUGGGUGUUACUUAUCCUUAUGUUUGUCAGCAAGUUCAUCAACUUCAGCUUCAGAAUACCAAGUGAUCAAGACCCUGUCAUGACCAGUUCAAUCUCCAGACCUGAAAACAUCUGGAAUGUGAUUAAGAGGAAGAUGGAUGGUCACAAGCCAUCAAGCAAAGCCGAGCUGCUUAAAGACUAUGCGGAGAGGAGAGAGAUGUUUGUUUGGACCUUUCCAUCUGUUACGACGAAACAUACUUCAGUCCAGUGGCCAGACAAGGGAGCAUCACAGCCAUACAUACUGUCCUCCGUUGGUCCUUCUGUGGUGGAGCCCAUAGACUGGCAGUCAGUGAAUGAGAAGCGUCUGGAGCUCUUAUCAACUGUUUGCAGAAAUGCAUCUAUGUGGAACCUCACCCACACAACUGUGGACAAGUUUGUCUUGGACCGCAUUUUUGUGUGUGACAAGCACAAAAUACUCUUCUGUCAGACACCCAAAGUUGGAAAUACACAGUGGAAGAAGGUUCUAAUUGUCCUUAAUGGAGUGUUCUCAAAAGUUGAAGCUAUACCAGAGAAUCUGGUUCAUGAUCAUGAAAGAAAUGGUUUACCCCGACUGUCCUCUAUGACAGACACAGAAAUUCGUCAAAGGUUUAUUUUAUCAGUUUACUUAACAAUAAUAUUUUUGUAAAGAGAUGUUUCUUGGAAAGUAUGUUACUGCCCUGACAGCAUUUUCAGUGAGCUUGCCAAAAAAGAAGUUCUAUUCAUUUAAACUUUUGUUUACAAAAAGAAAAUUUGCAACAAUUUGGAAAUAAUUACAGCUGUAAUGUAACUACAUUAAAGCCUGACACUUUUGCUAAAAAAUUGGCAUGUGCUUCUAAUGCUUGACCUUCAAGCUCUCACUCUCUUACAUUGGCUAUAGACCAAUGGGCCAGCCCUUAUAGUCGAGCCCUGCUAAACUUGACCAAAACCAAGAAAACAAACAAUUAUAUUUCUGUAAUGACAACUCUCUGAGGGAUUUGCAUGGUAAUGUACAU